CCAAUAUAAAUACACAACACAAAGACACCCCACCAUCUUUGUCCUCUUUUUUUAUUUUUUAUAAUUUAUGACACGUUUUUCUCGAAAGAAAGCAUUAGCCUCUCACAGACAGUCACCCCCCAAUCCAAAACUUAUAAUAGAUAUAUAUAAAUUUGCAUCAUCAUCAUCAUUAUAGGUUUUGCCAAACAUAAAUUUACCCCACUUUGUUUGGUUCAUCUUUGGCUGAGUUUGUGUUGGCUGAGGAAAAGGAGACUCUGUUUGGUUGUUGCGGAAUUUUUUUUUUUUUUUAUAUAUAUAUAUAAGUAUUAUUGUUAUCCCAAUUCCAAUGGCUAUUCAAGCGCAGAUAUAUUCAGGAUUUGGUUUUGGGUGUCCUCAAGAUCUGUUGAUGAUGGAGAAUGCUCGUGGAUUCAGUAACCAGUUUUUCAUUCAGAAACCACAACAGGAACACCAACCCCAACCCCAACCCCAGCCACUCAUCAUGCACAAAUCUCCCAUUCUUCUUCCAACAGAUGAUGAUCAUCACCACCAAUCAAUGCUUCUCUCUCACAGUAUUGAGAAUCAAAGAAUGGAAAUUGAUCUCUUCAUCAAUUCACAGAACGAGAGAUUGAGAUUGGCGCUGCAAGAGCAAAGAAAGCAGCAAAUAGCGCUGUUCAUGAAGAAGUACGAAUCGAAGAUUCAGUUUUUAAUCAAACAAAAAGAAGAAGAAAUCGCGAGAGCAGCAAAGAAGAGUAUGGAGCUCCAAGAUUUUCUGAAAAGGAUGGAGGCCGAGAAUCAAACAUGGCAGAGAGUAGCCAGGGAAAACGAGGCGAUGGUUGCGUCGUUGAACAGCACGAUCGAACGGCUGAGAGAAGCUGUGGGCAAUGCAGCUGAGGAUGCAGAAUCGUGCUGCGUAGAAGAAGAGAAAAAGACACAAACGUGGGUUGAAAACGCGAGCAAGAUGGUGUGCAGAUGCUGCAAUUCUAGGAAUUCGUGUGUAAUUAUGUUGCCCUGCAGGCAUCUCUGUUCAUGCAGAGAUUGCGAGGCAUUGCUUGAUUCCUGCCCUGUUUGUACAACGGUGAAGAAAGCCAGUAUAGAGGCAUUGUUUUAAUUGAUUCUUUUCUUUUUUUUUUUGGAAGCCCUUUUGAGGCCUGUCAAUGGUUUAACUUGAUGAAGAUACAAGGAUUUUACCCAGAAAA